AUAUAAUAAUGAUAUUAUCACGAGGGUUAUUCAAGUUGCCAUUAAAACAAAUCUAAUAAUUUGGGAGGAGAAAAGAUUAUUAUGCAAUUUUGGGAAUUUAGAAGAAUGCAACAGAGGAAUAAAUUAGAGAUGCAUAUACAAAGAAAGCAUAAAAGUACAUGUUAUUGUAAAUAUAUUAGACUCUAUCCAAAUGUCACUACAUCAGUGGUAAUGAAUGAUGCUUCAGCUUAAUAAGAAUUUUAAGAUGUGGCCGAAGCCUUUGCAGUAUUAUCACAAAUACAAAGCAGAAAUGCUUAUGAUCUUUUGAAUAAAGAAUAGCCAGAUUUAUUGUAUGGUGCUGAGAUGGAAAGAUAUUAACAAUCCUUCUAAAGAAAUGAUGAUGGUACAUACAAGAGACCAGGAUAAGUGGCAUCAGAUUAUGCUAAAGAAAAAUAAGAGUAUUUGAAAAAAGAGAGAUAAGUCUUUAAUGUGGAUGAUUUUGGCAGAUACAAAGGAGGUAAAAUAUUAUUUCAUCACUAAAAGGUGUUCCUAGACCAAAUAAAGGAUAUGUUAGAGGAAAUGCUCUUAUGGAAGUUGGUUAAUAUCAUAGACCAUUGUAUCAUAAUAUGAAAUAAAAUCCAUUUGAGACUGAACAUAGAAUUACUUCUGAAGAUGCUGAAUAUUUUAGAGUCUGGUCAACUGAAGAAAGAACAUUUAAAGAAUGGGCUUAUUUACAUUAAAAUGCUGAAGUCGACUAUGAAUACUUAAAAGUAUAAUUUUUAAAUAAUAAUUUUUUUAGUUCAAUGAUUAUAGAGCAUUCUAUAGAUGGACUAGAAACUUCUUUUUAGUAUUUUUGGCAAUCCCUUACUUUUUCUAAUCCUUGUUUAGAGGUUAAUUGAGAGAAAUCAUAGAUGAAAUUAAUGAAGAAAUGGCUGAAGGAAUGCCUAUUAUAGGAAGAUAGUUUGGCAAUGUUUAAGUUGUUGUAGGUAAAACAGGCACUCUAAAAUUACAAGAUGUAGGUGGAGGACAUCAUCAUCAUUGAUUUAUGAAAUAAAACAAUAAUAUACAUAAUCAUCACAAAUCCGU